AGCAGAAAAGAGCAACGGAUUAUCCGAAGUCAUGCUUCUCGAGGGAGAGCUAAACGGCGCCAGCGUCCACAGCUCAAGUCUUGGAUUCUACAACGGGAUGGCAGCCCAUCAUUAGUGGACGACCAAUAUACUUCAAUACCUCCGCGGGUCGGUUGGGAUCUUUCCUUUUUCGACUUUCCUAUAGAAAUCCAGCCUUAUAUGCAAGGCGAACUGUCAUUAGCUUUAUCUCCGCUGAGAGAAGCUUUAUAUCCUCCGGAAAUUUGCCUACAAGUGGAUCCUGCGUCCAGUUCUUGGACCACGGCGCUCCUUACUGAUUCAGUAUACUUACACUGCACACUCUUUUCUGUUGAGGCGUAUCUUGAAAUAUGCCUUAGAAAAUCCCAUGGCCCACUUACGCACUUCUAUUUCCAAAAGACACUCCGGCUUCUGCAAGAUAGGUUGGACACACCCGGCGAUCCGCUUUCAAUUUCGGAUCCUACUAUCAUGGUAGUGUCUGUCUUAGGCCUGACAGCUGAGGUGACUGGAGAUUCAGUGGCUGCACAAAAGCACAUGAAAGGGCUACGAAAAAUGGUGGAUUUGCGAGGAGGGCUUGAAAUGCUGCGAUUCGACAAUUCUCGACUACCUGCCAAGGUCUGCCGCAUUGAUCUCGUACUGGCUCUUCGAUUUGGAAUCGAGCCUGUUUUCUUCAAUAGCGCAAUACCGUGGCGUUCGUUCGUUGGCCAUGGACUAAUAAGAAAAAGCAAAGGAGCUCCAGCAGACAACGGAGAUCUUUCAGAAGUUCUCAAUACGCUUGAUAAGAGGCUGACAAACGUUUGGAAUGACUUGAAAGAGUUUUCUCAGAUAUGCAAUCUUGCAUCCCAAACACCUCAUAAGCUCUCGCCAAACAUUUUCAGCGAAAUCAUGAUAUCAAUUUAUUAUCGACUGUUAAGUCUCAAAUUUGAGGAUGACCCUGUUGCAGAAGCCAUUCGCGUCGCGAUGAUGGCCUUUGGAUCGGGUAUAUUUUUCCAAUGGCGGGGCAUCAAACAGCGGCUGGAAUUUCUCGAUCAUCUUUCGCAAACCUCCCUGUUAAACUUGCGAAAAUCGCAAAUCCGACUGCCUCAGCUAUUGAUUUUAUGGCUUUUAGUGGUCCAGAUUUCUGCAUUUUCACAAUUGCCGCCCGAGAAUGACUUGAGGCUAUGGGUUAAUGAUAUUGUUUCACAGCUGCCCAUUUCUGAUUGGAAACAAGGCCGCCAAAUGUUGAAAUCAGUUGUGUGGAUUGACUAUUGUCAUGACAAGUUACUUGACCAAGUGUGGCCAGAAACAACCAAGAGUCCCUGA